AUGUUAUCAUCAGACUCCCUUGCCAGAAUGGACAACCUGACUAGCGCCUCAUCGGGGAGCUCCAUGUCCCCAACGGCUACGGACAAGGAGACCAAGUUGAACCCCAAGUCUCGCGUUUCCAUCUUUGCCACGCUUCGUCGCAAGACUUCCCGAAUUUUUGUUACCAAAAACACACCUUCACAAACACCAGUGCCCUUUACAGAUUAUCAACCACAGCAAAGACGACGUUGGUUCAACUCUGUAGGUGGCCGGCACUCUCAACGGCAGAACAUUCGGGACCACUUUGAGCGCGACGAAAGGACAGAAACCCCAACUACACCAACUACACCAACACCGUACUCGAACAGAGAUGGCCCAACCCCUCCUCACUCGCCCGCCAGGCGGUUGUUGAGGACGACUAGUUCUAUGUUUCUCUCGCUCCGUGGCAGGUUUCAACAAGAAAGCCCCGGCAGCCCCGAGAGUCACUAUCAGCAAAGGGCUAGCAAUGAUGAUGACAAUGGCAGUGACCAUGUCACCGGCGUCUGCGAUCCAGUCGUACCAAAAGCUCCUGUCCUGGCUUUGCCGGCGGAUGUCAAGACCAGAGCAGGUUGGCUAGGCCGCCGAAGCUCUUUUCAACUAGGCGUUCAGAAGGCUGUCCAGGACACGGUCGAUAAGAACUUCUCUUUGGACUCUGCUUGUGACACACCUGUAUCCCUUGGCCCACGAAGCCGUCCGACAUUGCCACCGCUUGCUACCAUAGCUUCGAUGAAUUCUUCGCUAGAGGAAGCUUCACGUCUGUAUGACACAAAAAUCGGUUUGCUGACCAGUGCGAGGGACGGUUGCCUCACUAGUCCAAGCAUGUCAACUUGUGCAAACCCGUCGGAGACCCCUCGGGAGUUUUCCUCGGACUCGCCAACUCUUCCCAGCAGUAGCCAGCAAGACUCGGCUCGGACAUCGCUGGACACGACGGUGAAUGGCAACAGCAACUCGCUGAGCAGCCCCAAGACGUUUUCAUCCAAUGUCAGCAUCCCUUCCCGCCAGCGCCGUAUUCUGUCGGAUUCUUCCUGGUCGCCAGAGUCACCAGAGGCACCGGUUUGCACCGCCUGCGGAAGCGCCAACCAGUCUCGUCUGAUGGAGCGAAGCCUAUGCGAGCUCAACCAACUCAGUGAUGAAGAAUUGGAGGCACUGUUCAGGAACAAACUUGGGGGGUUGUCACUGGUUUCGUUGGCCUCAUCGAGGGGACAUUGUGGUCCAUAUGGCAGCGGCAGUAAGGUUGGUGCUGACGAGGCAGCAGAGUUGGAGCUGAACAGAGCAGAGGAGCAAGAUGACAAGAAUACAACGGCGAGUAUCUUGGAAGGGGAUUCAAACAUGUGUGCGAGCACUCCGAGGCGGUCUCUGCGGGAGGAGCUGUUGCAGGUUGGGGAGGCAUCGCAGAUUAGCUGGAGUACCUCACAGCAGCUUGAGGGUGAGAUGGAGUAA